GACGUCGCGGUGACGUCUCGGAGUUGCCAUGGCGUCGCUGAGCGGCCUGGCGUCGGCGCUGGAGUCUUACAGGGGCCGGGACCGCCUGAUCCGAGUGCUGGGGUACUGCUGCCAGCUGGUUGGUGGGGUCCUGGUUGAACAAUGUCCCACCAGGUCCGAAGUGGGGACACGUCUGUUGGUGGUGUCCACCCAACUCAGCCACUGCAGGACCAUCUUGCGACUCUUUGAUGACCUGUCCAUGUUUGUCUACACUAAGCAAUACGGCCUGGGGGCACAGGAGGAGGACGCCUUUGUCCGCUGGGUGUCCGUCCUAGGGAACCUGGCCGACCAGCUCUACUACCCAUGUGAGCACGUCGCCUGGGCGGCUGAUGCCCGGGUCCUCCACGUGGACUCUUCCCGGUGGUGGACGCUGAGUACAGCCUUGUGGGCCCUCUCUCUGCUCCUGGGGGUUGCCAGGUCCCUGUGGAUGCUGCUGAAACUGAGACAGAGGCUGCGGAGCCCCACGGCGCCCUUCACCAGCCCGCUGCCCCGGGGCAAGCGGAGGGCCAUGGAGGCGCAGAUGCAGUCGGAAGCACUGUCACUUCUCAGCAACCUGGCCGACCUGGCCAACGCCGUGCACUGGCUGCCCCGGGGCGUGCUGUGGGCCGGCCGCUUCCCGCCAUGGCUGGUGGGCCUCAUGGGCACCAUCUCCUCGAUCCUUAGCAUGUACCAGGCGGCCCGGGCCGGCGGCCAGGCCGAGGCCACUACCCCCUGACACUGCCAGAAGAGCACAGGGACGCAGCCAGAGCCCACGGAGGGCCCUUCCUGCAAAGCAGAAGCCACCAGGGCAGGGGCGGGGGCUCUCAGGGAGCUGCCUGUGGCAAAACCCAUGGGCAGGGUGGGUGGAGGGACUGAUGCGAGGUCUCCCAGGCCUCAGCCCUGAGCUCCUGAGCCGGAGUUUUCAGGGGCUGCGGAGGGUUUCAGCAGCACCUCCUGCCUGCCAGCUGGAGUCUUGUAUCCAAAUCAGGAUGAGGAGGAGGGAGCCUGUCGUGCCUUGGGAAAGCUGGAACGGGAAUCAAUUAAACAUUGUGGUGCUGGC